UUCUUCUGUCACCAGGGUCAGGCAGGCAGGCUGAUGGGAGGUAAAUUUAAAAGGACACGUGAGUUUUGAAAUCACCCCUGAUCUCUUGUUAAGUUGGCUGAGAGGAGCAGCAGGUGGGUUCAGAGCUGUUUUAAGGUAACACGGUGUCGGAACAUUCAGCAUGGCCAGAAGGAGACGGGGCAGAGGCAACAAUGCCCAGCAGCAACAGACUCCACAGAACCGAAGAGGAGGCACUCGCAGGGCUUUACGGGAGCCUGCAGAUUUUGCCAAGUCAACAGGGUAUGAGACAGAAAUCCCACAUGAAAAACUCACAAUUGUGCAAGCACGGAAAGGCACACCAGCUCAUCGUCCGGUGCGAGUCUACGCUGACGGAAUAUUUGAUCUCUUCCAUUCGGGCCAUGCUCGAGCCCUGAUGCAGGCCAAAAAUGUGUUCCCCAACACUCACCUGAUAGUUGGAGUGUGCAGUGAUGAACUUACCCACAAGUUUAAGGGUUAUACGGUAAUGACAGAAGAUGAACGCUAUGAAGCCCUCAGGCACUGUCGUUAUGUUGACGAAGUAGUGAGGGACGCUCCAUGGACCCUCACCACAGAGUUCCUCAAGAAACAUAAGAUAGAUUUUGUGGCUCAUGAUGAUAUCCCUUACACCUCUGCUGGAUCAGUGGAUGUUUAUAAGCACAUCAAAGAAGCAGGAAUGUUUGUGGCCACCCAGAGGACCGAGGGCAUCUCUACAUCUGAUUUGAUCACUCGCAUUGUCCGAGACUAUGACAUCUACGUUCGGCGCAACUUGCAACGAGGCUACACAGCUCGUGAACUAAAUGUUGGGUUCAUUAAGGAGAAUAAGUAUCGGAUCCAGAACCAGGUGGAUAAGAUGAAAGAGACGGUUCGGACGGUGGAGGAAAAGUCCAAACACUUUGUCUACAGGGUGGAGGAGAAGAGUCAGGAUCUCAUCCACAAGUGGGAAGAGAAGUCAAGAGAAUUUAUUGGCAAUUUCCUGGAGCUUUUUGGACCAGAUGGAGCAUGGCAUGCAAUUCAAGAGCGAAGUGGUCGCAUGCUGCAGGCCCUGUCACCCUACUCCUCACCCCAUGGCUCCCCCAGCAGCAGUCCCACCAGAAGACGUUCCUGUUCUCCUGACUCCCCCCCAUCUGCAUUUCCACCUUCAUCACCAUCUUUUCCUUCCUCACGCAAAAAAAAGUCACGCUCCUCUUUUAAAGCGCCCUCUACCAGCAAUGGACACGUUCAGUGAACUACUCACAGAUUUCUCAUCAUAUCUGUGUCUUUUAAAGAUGAUCUGGUACAUAUUAUGCCAUAAGUAGCUAUUAGUAAUAAUUAGCCUGUACAAAUUGUGUUACUUAAUUUAUUAUAGUUAUUUCUAAGUGCAAUUGAAACAUCAUAAUGUACAUAAUAUGUCUUGGCAAAAAGGAAAAGU